GACUAUGACUUCGCCGAGAAUCAGCCCUGGUGUCGGACGACGCACACCCUCAGCUUCGUAGACGAGACUCAGGAGCUGGUCAACAUCUACGACCGCGACUCUGAGCCCGAGAACACGAACAGUGCUGCCACUCCCGCUGAGUGGAAUGGCAGCAUCCGCUCGGCCCCUGACUCCUUCAUGGUCCCCACUCCAUCAGCCACUUCUCACCCCACACCUCUCAGGACCAACAGCAUAGACACGCCCAACACUGAUAUUCCCUCACCCGCGAAACGACGGAAGCUAGACUCGCCUUUCAACUUCUCCGAUGUGUUCCACAACUCUCCAGACAGCAAUUCUCGCCUGAUCUCCUCUCCGCCCUUUCGGGAUAUACUAAACGGGGCCGACAGCUUCGAGCCGCUGGAGCCAACAGACUCCCACUGCAGCGAGUUCGCCACAGGCUACUCGGCCGUCUCAGAAACCCUCGCCAGGAUCUACCUCGAGGCACCAGCCUGGCCGCUGCAGGACCGACACGAGGCCCACUUGAUGCGGUACUUCAUCGACAAUCUGGCCACCUCGUUUGAUUUGUGUGAUCCCGAUCGCCACUUUGCUCUAGUGGUCCCACAGAGGGCCGCUGUGUGUCCGACGCUUCUGAAUGCCAUCUUUGCGGCGUCAGCCAGGCAUCUGAGUCGUGUCUGCGAGUUCGACCCGUAUGUCGCCGACAGGUAUCACCAAGAAUGUCUGAAGCAUCUUAUUCCGAUGCUGAACGACACUGCGGCUAUCAUGGAUGAGAAUCUGCUGGCCGCUACGGUCAUACUGCGGUUUUUGGAGGAAGUCGAAGUCCCGGUCUCAGGCACCGACACGCAGUCACACCUAAUCGGGACCCACAUCUUCAUCAGCGCACAAGAGUCCUCCACCGUCCUCGGCGGCCUCCGCCAAGCCGCCUUCUGGGUCGGGCUGCGGCAGGAGGUCUACAUGGCCUUUGUCAACCAGCGCUCCAUCCUCCCCGCCCUGUCUCACUGCAACAUCGACCGCUCCUUCGAGCCCGCGUCCGACUGCGUGUGGGCCAACCGCAUCGUCGUCUUCUGUGCCGACGUGCUGCGGUACUGCUUCGGCGACUCGGAGAACAGCACGAAUAGGGACAGCGUGGCGACGUAUAACCAGCUCGUCGAAUAUAGCCAGGAGUGGGCGGCGUACAAGCCGGAUUCGUUCCGGCCGAUCUUUUAUCGCGAGGCGAAGGGCACGGCGGGGCCUGCGGGUGCGGAGGCGUCUGGGUUCUUUCCGGAGGUGUGGUUGUUGAGUGAUAGUGUGGUGACCGGGCUGCAGCAUUAUCACCUUGCGAGGAUACUGCUGACAGCGCAUAAUCCCAAGGUGCCGCGGUUGGGGCCGGCGCAGAGGGCGGCGUUGAAGGUUAUGGAUGAAGAGAUCAAAACGGAUGUUCGUACGCUCUGUGGGAUGGCAGAGUCGAACUCGAAGACUCCGCCGAAUUAUGUCACCGCAUCAAUGGCCAUAGCCAUGGCCGGCGACCGCUUCACCGAGCGCGCCGAGCAAGAAGCCUUGCUGGAAAUCAUCCUGAAAACGGAGAAGAUCCACGCCUGGCCGACCAGCACGGCGCAGACGCACUUGAAAGAGGCGUGGGGAUGGGAGGAGUGA